AUGAAGCCCCAGGCUGGAGGAGUGGAGGAUCCUCAGCGCACCGACGCAUCACCCCAUCAAACAGCUGCAGAAGCCCAUGAAGAGGCAUUUGACGAGCCUGAUGACGAACUGGAGGAGUUCGAUGAGAUAGGUGGCGAGGUGCCUGUGGAUGCGGAGGUGAAGCAAUGGAGCGAAGACUGGGACGCAGCCGGGUGGGACGACGAGGAUCCAGAUGAUGAGUUUUUAGAACGCUUGCAGCGGGAGCUGGAGGCGUUCAAAACCAAUUACGCCAACAAGACUUCCCAAAUGCGAAAGACGGCUUGA